UAUUGACAAGUAUCUGUAUUUUCCAGGGAGUCGCCGUUAUUUUUGGCCUGGGGGUCUCUAAUGACAUUUCGUUAUAAUUGCUAUGAUGUCAGAGUGUCCGUCCGCCCUAAUGACCUCCCUAAAAACAACAACAAGGAGGGAGAUUGGUUCCACUCACUGAUCACCACGCGGCCCAUUCACCGAAGAGACGCGGCACGAGGAGGAUUUGCACAACCCAAACUCCGCGAAGCCUUUGCAGCAGAAGGAUGCCUCUGCGCUCCCUGUCUCUCUCUUUCCUCUUCUUCCUGGUCACCGGCACAGCGGCGGUGUGUGCCGCCAUCACCACGACCCUCCAUGGCUUCCGAGGCUGUGCGGUGCGGGAGUUCUCAUUCGUGGCCCAGAAGCCCGGCUGCAGGGGACAGAAGAUCACGACAGAGGCCUGCUGGGGGCGCUGUCACACCUGGGAGAAGCCGGUGCCAGACCCGCCCUACAUCCACCGUCACCACCGCGUGUGCACGUACAGCCGCACCCGCCACAUGACCGUCCGCCUGCCGGGCUGCCAGCCGGAGGUCUCCCCUCUCUACCACUACCCAGUGGCCCUGCACUGCCACUGCGCCGUCUGCUCAACCCAGGACACGGAGUGCGAGACCUUCUGAGGGGGGGGGAGGACCGCGCUUAUUUGCAUGUGGUAUUACUGAGGAUUUGUUUUGUUUUUUUGCCGAAUUAACUAUCAACGAGUCAAAAUUCAUUAAUAAAGUCAAAGCGAAG